AUGCAUAUAGUUGUAAUUAACGAGUUUUGUGAUUUUUGUGGUAAGAAUAUGACGCCCACGAGAUCUUCGAGGCUGGAAACAGAAGACGAGCACAGAAGGAGAGUGCUCGAGGAUGCAGUUAUAGCUCUGGCUAGUCGGGAAAACUACCAGAGGCAGGGACAGACCGCAUUUGAUAAAGUCUUACAGAUGCGUCCUCCUUCAUAUAAUGGCAUUACUGAUCCGGUGAUAUUAGAAGGAUGGAUCCGGACCAUUGAAAAAGUAUUCCGGGCAGCCAGAUGCCCAGAAGAAGAAAAACUUGAUGUCGGCGCCUAUUAUCUGGAGGGUGAAGCUGAUAACUGGUGGACAAUGCUGCACCCACAAUGUACUGCUGAAUCAAACUUUGGAUGGCCACAAUUCCUGGAGAAACUGAGUGAAAGAUUCUAUCCUGCCGCACUGAGGUGGCGUAAACAGGAAGAAUUCAUGAACCUGUCCCAGGGGAGCAUGACUAUUCAGGAGUAUACUGAUAAAUUUACUGAGCUAUCUAGGUUUGCCCCUCAUGCCUGCCCAACCGAAGCUGAGAAGGUUCUACGGUACAUUCACCGUAUGGACCCAAGAGUGCAAAUUCCGGUGAUGAGUUCGAAGCCUGCAACGUUCCAGGAAGCGUAUGAUAUAGCCCUAAGUAUCCAUACUACUAGCCUAGAGAACGAAGCCAGAAUGAGGAAUGCUAGACCACCAUCACAACAGCAAUUCCAGAGAAGGAUCAACAUUGAGAAGGGUGGAAGUUCUAGAAUUCCACCAAGGCCGGUGAUUCAUAAGAAACCCACAUUCCGACAGACACCUGCUCUUCGCAACAGUGUUGACCCCAGAAAAUGCAACCGUUGUAGUAAGAACUUGCAUCCGGGAGUCACCUGUGAGGGAAAACCGAUUGUCUGUUACAGAUGCCAAAAGCCAGGGCAUAAAUCAUAUGAAUGCCCGAAGAGAGCCGGAGUAACCGAAUUUGGAGCUGCUAGGCUUACCUCGCCUGCAACACAGAAGAUUCGAGUGUAUUGCAUGACACAAGAAGAAGCAGAUGCUAAUCCUGAUGUGGUUACGGGUAACAUUCUUGUGCUCAAUAAACCAGCUGUUGUGCUUUUUGAUUCUGGUGCUACCAUGUCUUUUAUCUCCAGUUCUUUUGUUAAUAAAAUAGCUUUGCUACCUACUUCUCCUGUUAAUAUCAUUAUUACCUUACCUACGGGAGAGGAAGUUAUGAGUGGUAAAGAAUAUAAAAAUGUGCCCAUAAAAAUAGCUGAGUCUAUUUUUCUUGCUGAUCUUAAAUACUUCCCCAUGACCGAGUUUGAUGUCAUACUAGGGAUGGAUUGGUUGUAUAGAUAUCAAGCCUUCAUUCAUUGUCAUGACCAAAGAAUAGUGAUGAAAGAUCAUGAGGGAAAAGAAAUUUCUUAUUCAGGAGUGAGUGGUAAAAAGGGAGUGAGAAUAGUGUCAGCCCUAAAAAUGAUGAAAAUGCAUAGGAAAGGAGAGAUGGUAUUCCUGUGUAGUGUUAAGGAUGUGUCAGAGGAGCGAAAAUUUGAAGACAUUCCAGUAGUGAGAGAGUACCCCCGAUGUUUUCCCUGA